AUGAAUCGUAAAUGUAUUUUAACGAUAUUUACCAUCAUAUUGAUCGUUUGUGCCGAAGCGAGAAAAACUUCGGGUCGAAGCCGUGGUUCUGGAUCGGGUCGCGGGACCAGCAGAAGAACAAAUUACAACCCUCAACCUGCGCCAACUUCCUUUAGUCAAACCCAAGCACAAAAACCUACCUUGUUUGGAUGGCAGGAGCGACCCGGUCAAUCUUCGUGGCAAACAAAAUCAUCUAGUGGACAAAGUCAUUCAUAUCCUUCGAGUGGUACUGGAAGCCAUACAUAUCCUUCGAGUGGCAGUGGAAGCCAAAAAUAUCCUAGUGGUAGUGGCGGCAGUGGGAGCCAUACAUAUCCUAGCGGUACUGGAUUAUCUGGUGAUAACAAGCCAAAACAACCAUCUUCCCCUAAUCAGCAGGCAGGGCAUUCCUACCCGGCUUCACCUGGGUUAUCAGGAAGCGCUAACGGUGGCUAUCCGCAGCAAACAGGAAGCAAGUAUCCACAACAAGGAACUGGUCAGUCGGGGUACCCGCAAUCAGCACAUAGCUAUCCACAACAACACGGAGUGGCAGGUUCAGCAGGUGCGCCACCACCGUACACACCACACCAAAACAACUAUGGAAAUCAAUAUCAUCCUCAAGGUCCACCGCCUCCUUAUUCAAACUAUGGCGGAUCUAACUAUGGCGGAGUUGGUGGAUACGGAUACAAUCCCGGACUUGGCCCCCAAGCUCCGGGCUACUUUGGAAAUUAUGGUAAACCAAGUGGAGGAAUGAGUCGCGGUGGAAGCGCCUUGGCUGGAGUGGGUAUUGCUGGUGCUGGUAUCGGAACAGUAUUAACUGGGUUAGCUCUUUGGAAUUUGGCUCGUUCCACGGGUCAUCAUCAUCACACUGUUAUUUACGAUAAUAGAGGACAACCUGUAGCUGUAGCGCCGGUUAAUGAUACGUCAGCUCCUACGGAUUCCAUUUUGGCUGACUUAGUAAAUUGCAGUUUGACAAUUAGUAAUGAUGAUAAAACCGAAGUGUUGGCGAUACCAUGUUCUAUUGCUACUUCAUUCACUCCAGACGCAAACGUAAAGGACUCCGAUGUCAACAAAGACCCUAAUGAUAACACUAAGUGCACCAUUGCGGUUCUCACUAAGGCUGGUAAAGAGUACAUGACCACUAUACCGUGCUCGAUUCUUUUAAAUACAGCUGCAGAGAAUAAUGUAACAGAACCUCCCUUAGUAAUCGAUCAACCCAUUAACAACAACAACUUUACUAGCGAGCCAGAUAUGAUUCAAAAUGGCACCAUGAUUGAAAAUAUUCCAAAAGGGGAACCAACCGCCCUUAGGCUUUCCGGUGAAGAUGUAAAUGGCGAUGAUAAAACACUUGCACAACUUAAUUGCACUGUGCAACCGGAAGAAAUAAGGGAUCCAAUAAAUCCGUGUUUUUCUAUCAACCAUAAUUUGACUGUUAUACCUUUACCAACUACGGAGGCACCAAAAUGA